AUGACUUCCAGCGGCAUCGAGCUGCGCAUCGGGAACAAGUACCGCGUCGGGCGAAAGAUAGGAAGCGGGUCUUUCGGGGAUAUAUAUUUAGGAACGCACAUACAAACGGACGAGGAAGUUGGAAUUAAGCUGGAAUCGUGCAAAAGCAGACAUCCGCAACUUUUACUCUACGAAUCGAAACUCUACAAAAUCUUGCAAGGCGGCACCGGCAUCCCGAACGUGCGAUGGUACGGCGUGGAAGGUGAAUAUAACAUCAUGGUCAUGGAUCUGUUAGGUCCAUCGUUAGAGGAUUUGUUUAAUUUUUGUAACCGGAAGUUAUCGCUGAAGACGGUUUUAAUGUUGGCGGACCAACUGGUUUCGAGAAUCGAAUACGUGCACUCGAAGUCGUUUAUUCAUCGAGAUAUUAAACCGGAUAACUUUUUGAUGGGGUUAGGGAAACGCGCGAAUCAGGUGAACAUAAUCGAUUUCGGUUUGGCGAAAAAGUAUCGCGAUCCAAAAACGCACAUGCACAUACCGUACCGCGAGAAUAAAAACUUAACCGGCACCGCGAGGUACGCCUCGAUCAACACGCACGUCGGCGUAGAGCAAAGUCGAAGGGACGAUUUAGAAUCGCUCGGGUAUGUUUUGAUGUAUUUUUUGCGAGGAUCGUUGCCGUGGCAAGGUUUGAAAGCGCAUACGAAGAAAAUGAAGUACGAAAAGAUUAGCGAUAAGAAGAUGACGACGCCGAUUGAGAUUUUAUGUAAAGGUUUCCCUCCGGAGUUUGUGUCGUACUUCCAAGUCGUUCGAUCGCUGCGAUUUGAAGAUAAGCCGGAUUACUCGUUUUUACGCAAAUUAUUCCGAGAUUUGUUUAUUCGAGAAGGGUAUCAGUACGAUUACGUGUUCGAUUGGACGAUAUUAAAGUAUCAGCAAACGCAACAGUUAUCGAGAGGUAUUAGCAACAACGCGAACAACACGACGACGAACAACGAAACCGGGGGUGGUCAAACGACGCAAAGAGACGCGGUGGGGAGAUCGAGCGGCGGAGCUGGAGUAGAUAAAUCCAAAGAUCCAAACUGGCGAUCGGAUUCUAAGGCUGUCAACACGGGGUCGCGAGCUGAUAAAACCAGAUCGGGUGAUAAAGAUUUGACGGCGAAAGAGGACGCCAAGGCGAAAUCUUCCUCAAGAGAUCGAGGCGCCAGUUCUCGGAACAGGCGGGAAUAA